CUUCAGUUCAAUAUCUUGGGAGCAGCGGGAUUGCGCGACGACCUGCUCACCUGACGCCGACAGAUACAAUCGACAGAUGAUGCUUGUAUCCCAAAAAUCCAUCCAGUCCGUGGCUGUCAUAGUCAUCGUUGUAUUUGCGUUCACCCAGUGUCAGGAGAAUGAGAGGAGGGCGGUGACAGAGCACCAGCUCCUGCAUGACAGGGGCCGGGCCAUGCAGAGCCUGAAGAGGCUCAUCUGGCUGUCCAGUGCCAUGGAGGGGCUGCACACGGCCCACACCCGCGCCCCCGGGCUGGACUACGACCCCGCCGACUGCAGGGCGGACGCCACCAAGCAGGAGCUGCUGUCCCACCUGGGGAGGGGGGGCAGCGUGCCCAAGGGAGGCCUGUUGCAGAUGCUGUGGAGCGCCGUCCACAAACCCCACCUCACGGCCCUCCCUGAUGGAGAAAAGUAGCCCUGCCCCCCACC